AUGUGUAACUGGCUGGCUUUCAAAGAUGCUUUUGAAACGCUUGUACAUCGGUCCUCUUACACUGAAGCGUAUAAGUUGGGUAAGCUACGGCAAGCAGUCAGUGCGAGCAGUGUACCCUUAGUUGGAAGUAUAUACUCUGGUGGCUAUGAGGAGGUGUGGAAGGCCUUGAAGGAGCGCUACGACAACAGGAAACAGCUUGCUGAAAUACACGUGUCACGCUUCCUUAACCUCAAAGUAGCUGCAGAAGAAUCAUCGAAGGCCUUACUAGCUAUUGUUGACACGGUGCAUGAGACGUUGCGCGCAUUACGAGUCAUGGAGAUUCCCGUCAAUCAAUGGGAUGCAUUAUCGGUGCCAAUUGUGGUCUCGAAGCUACCAUCUGCUACGAAAAGGGACUGGUGUAUGAAAUGUUCUUCACACGAAAUACUUCUACUAGAAGAUCUUCUGAAAUUUCUUGAAAGACGGGCGCAUAGCAUUUCUGCGGAAUCUCCGCCCCGACAGCAACGCUCGGUGAAGUCGCACGUGGCAGCUGCUGAGGUGGGACAGUGCGCACAGUGCCGUGGAAGUCAUCGUAUUAUUAAGUGUCCUGCACUCAUAGCAAUGCCAACAGAGCAGCGGUUCGAAGCAAUACGAAAUUUGAAGCUUUGCUACAAUUGUUUACGGGGUGGACAUUCUUCGAGGCAGUGUCCAUCGGGAGGUUGCAGGAGCUGUGGCCGCAAGCACAACACCAUUUUGUGCCGCGACAAACCUUCGACCAUUCUACAGCCAGCCUCACCAUCUCCACCCCACGUGUCUAAUGAAGGAACCAGUCAAGUUAGCUUAAUUACACAUCGCUUUGUAAACGCAUUACGGCUAUUUCGACGGAAGUGCAGUGUUAACAUCGAGGGUGUUGGAGCAGCCGUCAACACGCAAGCUAAAGGCAGUGUUAUACUUACACUGAAGUCUACAACUACUAAAUUUGAGAUGCAGAUUGAAGCUCUGGUGAUACCAUUUAUCACUUCUCAGACACCUGCCAUGAAGGUGGACAUGUGCCAGUGGUCCUACUUAAAGGAACUGGACUUGGCGGAUAUUUGGUUUGGUACUCCUGGAACUAUUGACGUUCUUAUUGGUGCGGAUGUGUGGGGACAAGUAGUGGAGGGUGACAUUAUCGGCGGACGACCUGAUGAACCCUUCGCCCAGCGUACCCGCUUUGGCUCGGUAGUAUUUGGCCCAGCAACUGUUUCUUCUACAUCGAAUGGGUCAUCAUCGCUCGCACUCAGCGCGUUGCUAGGUGAGGAUGAAGUGCGGUUGGAAGAACUGGUUCGGAAUCUUUGGAGAAUGGAUGGCGAUUCAAUUGAUUAUGAAUCUCAUGAUGAAGAGUGUGGUCACAUCUUUGACUCCACACAUCGUCGUACCUUGGACGGGCGCUACGUCGUGCAUCUACCACUGCGGCGGGACGCGCCGGUACUAGGCGACUCUUAUUCACUUGCGUUGCGGCAGUUCACUCGACUGGAACGCCGCCUGCUUGCUGACCCUACACUACAGGAAAACUAUGUGAAGUUUAUGCGUGAGUAUGCUGCGCUGGGGCAUAUGGAGCCUGUGCAAGCACCAUAUUCUCAUGACGGGUGCUACUACAUCCCUCAUCAUGCGGUUGUUGGAAAGUUUCGAGUCGUGUUCAACGCGUCAGCGCAAACGAGUACUGGCGUUUCCCUCAAUGACAUUCAGCUGGUGGGCCCGACCAUUAAGGACUCACUUGUAAACAUACUGUUACGAUUUCGCAGAUACCGAGUGGCGAUUACCGCUGAUAUUGAGAAGAUGUUUCGGCAGGUGCUGGUUACCUCCGAACAUCAGGAUCUCCAGAGGAUCAUAAGGCGAGAGUCACCGGCAGACAAUAUCGGUGUUUAUCGUUUGAAGACAGUCACUUAUGGGAUGGCGAGCAGCCCUUACAACGCCGUACGUGCCCUUCAACAGUGUGCGGUCGAUAACUGCAGUGUAAUUCGAGACGAGGAUCAGGCGGCUCUUGCUCGAAAUGCAAUCUUGACUUCGUUCUAUGUUGAUGACUUUUUGACAAGCUGUGCGAAUGCCAGUGAAGGAAUAGAACUGGCGAGGAGUGUAGAUGCUAUUCUAUCUUCGGGAAAGUUUAGGCUGAGCAAAUGGAACUCAAACGAUAAUCAGGUAACGAUGUGUUUGUCGAGUAACGCCUCUAUUUCCAGUUAUACAUCCAACUCCGGCGAGACUUCGGUCCUGGGCCUUAAAUGGGAUUCGGUGACUGAUGAGUUGUUCUAUCGCGUUGAGAUUGAGCCGGCAAUAGAUGUUCCUACCAAGAGAAGCGUGCUUAGGGAAGUCGCUCGACUCUUCGAUCCUACUGGUUUGCUAUCCCCCGUAGUAAUAACGGGGAAGGUUUUCAUUCAGAAGAUGUGGUCUGUGGGGUUGGCUUGGGACACUCCAUUACCCGACGACCUUCGUGAGGAAUGGCUGAGGUAUCGUUCCAAGCUUAAGGCUCUGAAUCAAGUUCGAAUCGAGCGGUGGUUGGGUAUGGUGCGACAUGGCCGGACCACGUUACAUGGGUUCUGCGAUGCCAGCUCAUAUGCAUACGCGGCCGUUAUCUACGUAAGGACAAUAGACGAUUCCCACGCAACGCCGCUCUCGCUCCUUACUGCACGCACGAAAGUGGCUCCACUCAAAGGCUCAACCAUACCACGACUUGAACUCUCGGCAGCAGUGUUGUUAGCAGAAACCCUCCGGCAAGUGCAAUCGGCCCUGAGCUUGUCCGAAGCUCCCUACUUUCUGUGGUCGGACUCUGCAAUUGUAUUAUGCUGGCUUAAAAAGCAACCAUCAACCUUGAAACCAUUUAUAUCAAACCGUGUUCGCAGGAUUCAAGAGUUGACAUCUCCAGAUCGAUGGCGUCACAUUCGUUCGGCGCAGAAUCCCGCUGAUUGUGCUAGCAGGGGCAUAACACCGCAAGAGCUGCUACAUCACCCACUUUGGUGGCACGGACCCGGUGAGCUAGAUAGCUCGGCGCUAUAUAGUACGGACAUACCCCUCAGCCCGGACGAGUCCAAGACAUACUUGGCUAUUUUUGUAUGCAUGGCGACUAGAGCCGUUCACAUCGAGGUGGUGGAUGAUCUGUCUGCGCAAGCCUUCCUCGGCGCUUUUACACGCUUUACCAGUCGGCGGGGUCCUUGCCGCGACUUAUACAGCGAUAACGGCACGGCAUUUGUGGGUGCGAAUCGACUGCUCCAGGAAGACGUGGCGGCAUGGAACAAUGAGAACAAUCAACGAUCGUUAGCGAGCAUGGGCACCCAGCGGCAUUUCAUCACUCCUAGUGCACCACACCAGGGUGGUCUCUGGAAGGCUGCGGUUAAAUCUGCCAAGCAUCAUCUGGUCCGCUGUGUUGGUUCUCAGACUAUGUGGUACACCCAAUUGCAGACCCUGGCCGCGCUUAUAGAAGCGUGUCUCUAUUCCCGUCCGAUCACUCCACUGUACGAUGACCCAGACGAGAAGUUUGCAUUGACACCAGGGGACUUUCUCAUCGGAGCACCGCUUUUAGCUGUGCCGGAGCCAGACAUACGCGAGAUUCCCACCAAUCGCUUGAACCAGUGGCAGUUAGUAAUGGUGAAUUUGGAAAUUUUCCCAAGAUUACUUGUGCAAAUGCUGGGCACUCGCAAAGAUAGUGAAGGACCGUUUCCUUACUUCCCACAAGAUUACAGCUACGGCACCGAGGGUUAUACGGAAGGCCCAUUCUAG